UAGCUAUCUUACCCCGUCAUACCUCACAUUUACUCUAUGCAAUAUUCCAUAUGAUAUAGGAGAGGAUAGGAGGACUAUAAAGACAAUAAAGCUAGGCAAAAUGGAAAACUGUCCUCCAAAUGUCAGUCUUCCGUUGGGUGCUUCCACAUGAACACGAUACAAUCCACAUUUUAAGUCAUCGUCGCGUCGUCGUCGUUGUUGCGUCGGUCGUGGGUUGGUCCGGUUGUGCGGUGUUCUAUCACAGUGUUUUAACCGUUAUAAACCUCAGCGGGUUUAAAUAACGUCACAUUUGUGAGUGACAGUUAUGUCUAACCUUAGCCAAAAGGCCGAUGAUGACGACAUAGAAGAGGAGCACAAACGAAAGGUCAAAGCCGAACUUCCAUAUCUCUUCGAAAAGGAGCUAACACAAAAUCAGAAUAAAAGGAUUUACAUUGUCGAUGAAUUCAUUGCUACCGAACGAGUGACGCCCAUCGAGGGAAAGUUUUAUUCAAAAUUCAAUGAUGCACACAUCAAGGGCAUUACAGAAAGACAGUGUUUCUGGAAAUUGACUAAAGAAGAGCGUAAUGGAUCAAAGCUGAAGCUAGAGUUUCCUGUUUUAGAAAGUCAAAUGUAUGGAUGGAUGCCGAAGAACGUCAGCAAGGUGGCAUUGAAAAGGAUCAACUAUAUACAAGCACCAAAACUACGUUGUCCCAUGACAAUCCAUGGGGAGAAAAUAAGCUCGGAACGAGUGACUGAGAGGACGAAAUUCGCUGGAGAACGAUUUAAUUUGAUGUAAAUUUAAAAUGUGUGAAUGUGGAAAAAAAUAUACAGAAGGUGCAAUGAAACUGAAAACAAA